AUGAAGCAGAGCCGCGGCGAGGGCGCGGGCGCGCCCUUCUGCCCGCGCCUCAACCACUCCUACCCCGGCAUGUGGGCGCCCGAGCGCUCAGCCGAGGCGCGCGGCAACCUCACGCGCCCCCCGGGGCCCGGCGAGGACUGCGGGUCGGUGUCGGUGGCCUUUCCGAUCACCAUGAUGCUCACUGGCUUCGUGGGCAACGCGCUGGCCAUCCUGCUCGUGUCGCGGAGCUACAGGCGGCGGGAGAGCAAGCGCAAGAAGUCCUUCCUGCUGUGCAUCGGCUGGCUGGCGCUCACCGACAUGGUGGGGCAGCUGCUCACCAGCCCCGUGGUCAUCGUCGUGUACCUGUCCAAGCAGCGCUGGGAGCAGCUCGACCCGUCGGGGCGGCUGUGCACGUUCUUCGGGCUGACCAUGACGGUGUUCGGGCUGUCCUCGCUCUUCAUUGCCAGCGCCAUGGCCGUGGAGCGCGCGCUGGCCAUCCGGGCGCCGCACUGGUACGCCAGCCACAUGAAGACGCGCGCCACCCGCGCCGUGCUGCUGGGCGUGUGGCUGGCAGUGCUGGCCUUCGCCCUGCUGCCCGUGCUCGGCGUGGGCCACUACACCGUUCAGUGGCCCGGGACUUGGUGCUUCAUCAGCACCGGGCGAGGGGGCAAUGGGACCGACUCUGCCCACGACUGGGGCAACCUGGUCUUCGCCUCCACCUUCGCCUUCUUGGGGCUCUUGGCGCUGGCAGUCACCUUCGCCUGCAACCUGGCCACCAUUAAGGCCCUAGUGUCCCGCUGCCGAGCGAAAGCCGCGGCCUCGCAGUCCAGCGCACAGUGGGGCCGGAUCACCACCGAGACCGCCAUCCAGCUCAUGGGCAUCAUGUGUGUGCUUUCGGUCUGCUGGUCGCCGCUUUUGAUCAUGAUGUUGAAAAUGAUCUUCAAUCAGACAUCAGUUGAACACUGCAAGACACAGAUGGGAAAACAGAAAGAAUGCAGUUUCUUCUUAAUUGCUGUCCGCCUGGCUUCCCUGAACCAGAUCCUGGACCCUUGGGUUUAUCUGCUGCUAAGAAAGAUUCUCCUUCGAAAGUUUUGCCAGGUCAGGCACCAAACAAGCCACUACGCGUCCAGCUCCACCUCCCUGCCCCACCCGUGCUCCUCAGCCCUCAUGUGGAGUGACCAUGUGGAAAGAUAACAAACAGAGGUGGACUUUCUGUUGCUGUUCCUGCUGGCUUCCCUGAGUUUGUGUAUUCCUUCCCACCUGAGAAAGAGAAUUGUAUAUUUGGAUUUGGAUUCCAUCUUUUUUUACUCAGUUUUUUAAUUUUUGCCUUCUCAUUAGUAAAACACACGGGAACAAGACUUAUUAUUUAAUCCAUGCCUGUGAAUGUUAAGCUGGCUCCUUUGAAGGACUUGAAUAUGCCCUUUGGAAGUUGAGUGGCAUUCCAGGGGAGGGUUGUGGGAACUGGGAACGAAGGCAAGGCUGGGGGUCAGGCACGGUUCUCCAGCCUCAGCCUUUGCCUGAGUCUUCUCCCAUGAGGACUUCUUUACAUGUUUUGAUCCUUUGAUUGUAUGUCACAGGUUUGAAAACUCAACAAAAGUGUUUGACUUAUUGAGAGCAAGAAGAGCUCAUUUCACAAACCACAAGGCUAACAAGACAGACAAGCCUGCCUCGGGAAGGCAGGGGGAUCAUGACAAAGGAUCUUUAUGCCAAAUGGGUACUUAAUGUUGCAGGCAUUCUGUGUCAUUAAUUAUGGGUUAAAUUUGGAAAUAAAAGCUCUUUAGUUUAAAA